CACGUGGUUCCGGUGUUGGCGCUGGGGCUGCUGGGUUCAGGUCACCAUGGCGGCCCGUGUCCUCUCGGCCUGUGUCCGCCGCUUGUUGCCCCGCUCCAUCCCCGCCGCCCUCCCGGUUCCCCGCUCCGCUCUGGGCACGCUCUGUCCCGCCCAUCCUCGGGUCCCUCAGCCCUCAUUGCUCCGCACGGUGCCGCCGGUGUCGCGGUUGGGCCCUGCGCUGUGCCGCCAAUACUCGGAGCUGCCCCCGCUGACGUUGGCCGAUAUCAAGGAGCGAGUCCUGUACGUGCUGAAACUGUACGACAAGAUCGACCCCGAGAAGCUGACGGCAGAGGCGCAUUUCAUGAAGGACCUGGGGCUGGACAGCCUGGACCAAGUGGAGAUCAUCAUGGCCAUGGAGGAUGAGUUCGGCUUUGAAAUUCCUGAUGGAGAUGCAGAAAAAUUGAUGUGUCCACAAGAGAUUGUAGAUUACAUCGCGGAUAAGAAGGAUGUUUAUGAAUAAAAGCAGUUCUCUAAAGCAGAGAGGUGUCUACCACUAGGAUGGCCUUGAUGUCAGUGGGUAUAAGCGCACACGCUGCACUGCUGCUGCUUUCAUCAGAAAGUUGUACUUGGAUACUUGGACGUUGUAUUUAAAGCUGUCUGAAUGUGUUGUCCUUUGAAAACGAGAGAAAAAAAGGAAUAAAUAUAUAAGACCA